AUGGGUAGUGUUUGCCAGCUAAUAAAUAGAACUGAAGGAGGGAAUAUGUGCAUUUAGUAAAUAGAGUAAACAUUUGCUGUGAAUUUUAAAGUCCUCUUGCAGAGGUGAAGGUCAUGUGCGCAACUAAAAUCUAAGCUUGUUAUCGACGCUAUUAAGCACGAAAACAAGUAAAUAAAGAAUUCUAUGAUUACAGAAAAAACAAAUCGAAGACUCCUAGGCUCCUCUGAAACACAUAGCUGUCCCAAUUGAGUAAGUUCCUGAGACCUUACAUAAAGUUGUUUCAAAAGUACUUCUUCAAUUAGGUCCUUUCGAUUAUUCUAAGUGUUCUACUUUGAUUGCAGCUAAAUUUCUUCCCCCUUAUUAAUUUCUGGGCAAUGGAGGGAUCUACAUAGGGUAAUGGAAAAACCGCAAAAGAAACGGCAGAGGAAAAUACAUGUUUCCUGAUGGUUCUCUGUAUGAGGGUUCUUGGGUGGAAGAUAAAGCAAAUGGAUAUGGAAGACUCAUAGUUACUAGUGGAGAAUAUUAUAUUGGAGAGUGGAAGAAUGAUAGGAAUGAUGGGUAUGGAGUUUAUUUACAUGCUGACAAGUCAAGAUAUGAAGGGUUUUGGAAGGAUGAUAAUAAACAUGGGGAAGGAACUGAAACAUGGGAAGAUAAACCAGCUGUUUUUAAAGGCAGUUUUAACAUGGGUCUAAAGGAGGGAUAUGGAAUCUAUAAGUGGGCUGAUGGUUCGAGUUAUGAAGGAGAUUUUAAGAACAACCAAUUUUAAGGGUAGGGCAUUUACAUUUGGUCUGAUGGCAGCAAGUAAGAGGGAUAAUGGGAGAAUAACAAGAUGAAUGGCAAUGGUAUGAUGACUUGGGAAGAUGGCAGAAAAUAUAUAGGUAUCCUCUCUUUUUGAUUAGGGGGAUUUAAGGAUAAUGAAAAGGAUGGUUAUGGGGAAUUAUAUUGGGUUGAUGGCAGGAUUUAUAAGGGAUAAUGGUAGAAUGGGUUGUAACAUGGAGAGGGGAUGUACAUUGAUAAAAAUGGUAAUUAAGUCAAAGGAGUGUGGUUUGAGGGACAAAGGAAGUGA